UCCGGUCGGCCAUUGGUUGGGACACAACGGAAGAGAAAUAAAGAGAAUUAGAUUUAAUCAAUACGGUGGAAAUAUACAGUUAAAUAAUAUCUGAGUGCGUUUAAUCGAUGGAGUGAAGUGCGAGAUAAAAACCUAGAUAUAAAUUUUAAGGGGGGAAUUAAAUAUAGCGAAAUGUGAAAAGUUCGAAAUAUGUAUCCUAUCUCUAUGGGAGAUAGAAGAGAAGAGGAUGGUGGAGACAGCGGUGGGGAGGGGGGGGGGGUAGCGGGCUCUUCCUCCCAAAAGCCGGAAAUACGUUGCAACAACAGGAGUCAAGAGUAAGACUGAUCCAGCGAUCGGUAGAGGAGAUCUAUAGAGCGCGCACCAAUAGGAAGGAAGAAGGAACAAACGAGCCAAUGAAGAAGAAGAACGGAAAGGAAAAGGAGCCAAUCAGCGGCCCAGAAGAAAGACCGUCAGCGCCCCUAGCGAGCGGAAGACUAAGGUUGAGAAGGAAGAGUGUAGAACAAGCAGUUGAGAACGAAUACAGCGACGAGAAUAGAAAUGCAAGGAAAAAGUUAAAGAUUAUAGGCAGUGAAAAGACAAACAUAGUGGUAAAUCCAUAUAAAAGUAAAGUGGAAAAUAUUGAAAUUAAAAAUACUAACGUUCGGUCGAUCGUAGAAUCGAUAGAUUCAAGGGGUGAUAAUACAAAGAUUCCUAAGAGAAGACGUCAACAAAUUUGAAGCAAUCAAAAUGUUGAAUAAACAUAUAGCAGAAACUAAAAUUAAACGACCAGAGGAAGAAA